CACGAACGUCGUCUCGUUCUUCGACGACAGAACUGAGCAUUGAGGAAGCGGAAAAGGUGGAGGCUGUUUUGUUGAAGGCUGGUUUACUACAUCUGAAACCUAAAUUUGUCCAGGAGAAAUUUCUGUUUCUGUCAUUCCAUUUCUGGAAAGCAAAGACUGGGAUCGUCUGGGAGUGUCUGCAGUUGGUGACCGUGUUAUUCUUGUUCAGCUGAGUAAAGCCCAGUCAAGAGAUGUAUCUGUGUCUUCGGAAAUGCGUUCAUUAUUUGGAGCUGAAAAACCAGGUCCUUCCAAGUUACCUUCCCAGGAGGAGAGUUUUUCAAAAAAAGCAGAACGGCUCUGUGGGAAGUACCUGUCUGGGACUAUUACUCCGGGUUCUGAUAGACGUCGUAAACGUCGUGCUAUUGUAUCAGGCUCUC